AUGCCAUUUCUAUCUCGCCAUUCGUGGCCGGUGGUACUCAUCAGAACUCCGUUCUGUAUAGUUUUCUUUAUCGUCGGAGUUCUCAGCAUUCGGUUUACCCAAGUUCUUGCAGAUUUGUUGUUCAAAUCGCUGCCUAGGGUUUACCAUCUGAUUGCCAACUUGACGAAGGUGCAUUUCCUAACAUUGCUUGCAUUCUUGACCUCCAUUAUCAAUCCGUCAAAAGUAGUUGUGACCUACAACUAUGAUGAUUUGCCAAAGUCAAACAGCUUCAAGGUGGACUCCAACGGUAAUCUUUCCAGCAUUCUCUCACCAAACUCGGUGUGGAUUUCCAAUCACCAGAUUUAUACAGACUGGCUCUACCUAUGGUUUAUGGCAUACACAGGCCGAUUUGCUGACUCCGUAUACAUUGUCCUAAAGGAAAACUUGGCUAAGAUUCCUAUUUUGGGACCAGGAAUGCAAGUGUUCAAGUUUCUAUUUUUGUCUAGAAAGUGGGAGACUGACAAGGUCAACUUAACGAAUCAAUUGCUAGAGAUCGACGCGGACGCUAGAGGUUUGGGUCCUGCUUCUGGAGUCAGAUGUAUUUCAUCAACAAACCCCAGUUUGCCUGGUGUCGCUCAAUGGCCAAAAGGUGAUCACCCAGAUAAGAGGAUCUGGCCAUACCAAUUGAUAAUUUAUCCAGAAGGCACUGUUAAGUCUCCACAUACGAGAGAGAGAUCGAACAAGUUUGUUCUGAACUUGAAUCGUCCACUUCUCAAGCACGUUUUGCUUCCUAGAGUUAGAGGCAUCUUCUUGAUGUUGAGACUGUUGCGCGAUACAUGCGAGGUAGUUUAUGAUGUGGCUUGCGGAUAUGGCGGCCUUAAGCCGGAAGACUACGGAGAGGAUGUUUUCACUCUUAAGGCAUUCUACUUGUUGGGCUAUGGACCUUCCUCAGUUAACUAUCAUAUUCGUGCAUGGAACCUCAAAGACAUACCUCUUGGAAAUGAUGAUUCAGUGGAUAUCGACACAGUGGAUCCAGAAGUGUUGAAGAAGUUUGAGGACUGGCUCUUCACUGUUUGGUAUGAGAAGGACAAGCUCAUGGACAAGUACUACAAGACCGGAACCUUUGCAGAGGCUGGGAACAGUAAGUCUAGAACUGUAACAGCAGAUUUCAAGUUGAAAAGUUCCCUCGAGGUGGUUACGCCAUUUGUAACUUUAGUCUCAGCCUUUCUUAUCUUGCGCCUUGUGGUGAAGGGAUUGUGGCACUUGUAUUGCAAAUAG